CCAUCGCGAAGGGAGUCGACGAAGAGCCGACUCAAGCUUUCGAAACCUUGACACAUCGAGCACGCCGUUCUCGCUCCGAGCUCAAUCAGGCGAGAGGCUAGUGCUGUUACGGGUUCCUGGAGACCUGUCGGUCUUCUUCCGCUCGCACAUAACGGGAAACCCAGCAAUUUUGCCGACCUGUGAAAUAAAUUAACCGUCGCCAUGGAUCACGGGUCGACGUCUGGGAACGAAACAGCUUCCUGCACGCACAACAUGUCGUGGAACUGGGACACGAUUGGCGCAUGCUUCUUCUCCGAUACGUGGCGUAUCCAGACCGAGGGCGCCUUCGCGGCCUCGUGCAUCGGCGUCUUCCUGCUCGUCAUUUGUCUCGAGGUGCUGCGGAGGGUGAGCAAAGAGUACGACGGCUUCAUCCUACGCCAGUUCCAACAGCACGUGGCGGCACGAGCGCAGGUGUCCAGGUUAGAAGGCAGCGGUGCGCAGCAGCAGGCCGUGGUCACGUAUCGGGCGUCGCCGCUGCAGCAGCUUAUCCGCGCGGUGCUCCACGCCGCGUCCUUUGGCGUCGCGUACGUGCUCAUGUUGAUCGCCAUGGCGUUCAACGGCUACAUCAUCAUCUCCAUAAUAAUCGGCGCCGGCGUGGGCAAGUUCCUGUGCGACUGGAUGGUCGUCAAGGUCGUCGUGGGUGGAGGCAGCGGGGAUGGGUCAGGCAAGGCGUCGGCGGCGAGCCUCGAGGAGCCGACGUUGUGCUGUGGUUGAGGUGAGGUUAGGACUACAUAGGUAGAUGCGCGCGUAGAUACUCACGAUGUAAAUGUUAAUGGAGAAACUGGCUUACGAUCAGGACACGAGGGGAGACGACGCAACCCGAUUUGUGAAAUGGUAAUAUGCCUUGGUAGGUACCUGUCGCGAGUGAUUGUGUGCGGGGGGCUCGGCCUCUUAUGGAUGGCUUCGCCCUCCUUAUUGAGUUGCGACGUUGCUGUCUGCUUCAAUGUUCGCA